AUGUCAAAGGUCAUUGUGCUUGGCCUAUCGGGGCCGUCGUGUUCUGGGAAAACGACAAUCGCAUUGAAUCUGUUAAAGCUAUUCCCACACACGGUUAUUAUCCACCAGGACGACUUUUACAAGUCCGAUAACCAAAUCCCUGUAGACAGCCAGACUGGAUUUAAAGACUGGGACUGCCCCGCAGCAUUCGAAAUGGAAAAGCUGGCCGAAAGCAUUUGUAGUGUACGCAAGCAGCUGGAAACCCAGGAAAUCGCUGCUGAGGCUGGUAAUAUCCGCGACCACUUUGCUUCGCAGUGGGCUAAUCCGCCAAGCAAUGUCGACAAUCUGCUGACAUCUCUCACCCUCGAAUCCAUCCGCAAGUCUGUGCUGAACAGCCUCGGUGUUGGCAAGACUGAAGAUAUUCCCUUUUCGAUCAUCCUGGUCGACGGGAUUCUUCUGUUCCAUGACCCGUCGGUGACCGAAAACGGCGACAUGAAAGCACAUCCUGGAAAGAUGUGCGACACUGGCUUGUUUGUUUAUGCUCGUUAUUUAACGCUAAAGGCAAGGCGUGAGGCUCGUUCCGGCUAUGCCACCAAGGAUGGCCUGUGGGUCGACCCACCAGGAUACUUUGGCAAGCUCGUUUGGCCUAAUUUCCUUAAAUACAACGCAGGAGUUAUCGCUGCGCACCUGGACAUCGGUUUGGGCAAUCCCGACGGUAUCGGUGCCUGCAGCACAGCCGCCACAACCAGCGGUGACUCGUGGGGCGGCAAGAUUGCGGUUUGCUCGUCCGAUAUGCCAGCGGAGGAGACACUUAGAAUAUGCGUAAAGUACAUUGUAGACGAAUGGCGCAAACGUUGUUAG